AUGAGGGGCGGGAAGCGGCUGGUGGUGGUGGUCUGCCCGCUGAUGUCACUCUUAUCGGGCCUGUUACUCUUAUUUUCUGUCACUCACAUCCUUUUAUUUCAUCUCUUUUGUCUUGCUUUCUUCUCCGCCUGCUCCUCACCUCCCCCUCGCAUGUGUCGCCCUGCACACACACACACACACACACACACAUCGUUUCCGCUAGUUCCGUUUCAUUACACUAAAAGCUUUUCUCUAUUAAUGUUUUGACUCUACAAGGGCAUGGCGAGGCAGGCAGGAAAGAGUAAGAGUGUAUUUGUUCUUUUCUGGACUUAUUGAAUUAUUCCAAGACUAAAAGAGUACAUUAGCAGGCAACUGAAUUAUACCAACAGAAAAAGAAUACAUUAGCAGGCAACCAUAAGAAUCGUGUCCUUGGCAGUGGUGUAUACGUUCAUUAGGGGGCGUGGUGUGUGUGUGUGUGUGUGACUGUGUGGGCAGUAUUUCAGUGUGUGUGUGGGUGUGUUGUGCGGCAGCCGGCAAGACUUACCACAACUGCUUGCUCUUGGAGCCACUCAGACACGUGCAGGAAGACUCAGGAUGCCGACUUCAAUUGCUGUGGUGUUCGACAACCCGUCAGCAGUCUACUUUACCGGCCAGACCAUCACCGGCUAUGUCCAGGCAAUAUGUGAUAAGCCGAAGAAGUGCAGAGGCAUUGAGGUGGAGUUCAAAGGCUAUGCAAAGGUUCACUGGACUGAAAGGACGACCACUGGCACGGGAGAUGACCGCAAAACCGAGACCCGCCACUACACCAGCCAGGAGAAGUACUACGAAAUGAACUACUGGGUGUGGGGCAAUGGCUCAGACUCGUACGAGCUUCCCCCGGGCCAGCAUGUCUUUCGCUUCAACUUCCUGGUGCCAAACGGAAUCCCUUCAUCCUUUGAGUCACACGUGGGAAAGGUGCGGCACCAGUGCAAGGCCAAGAUGGACAUUCCAUGGAAGACUGACAAGACUUGCACCCGCCCCUACUCCAUCAACACCCUCCUGGACCUCAACACCAACCCCCAGGCCCCGAUGCCAAUCAGCUUCACCGAGGAAAAAUAUGCUUGUUGUUUGUGGUGUCGCAGUGGACCCAUGACAGUUGCCCUGCGCAUUGACCGCUCUGGCUUUGUGCCUGGUGAGAAGAUGAUCAUCAAUGCCGAGUGCAUUAACACGACUAGAAAUGAGAUCAACCACACCAAGGUCACAAUUGAGCAGAUCACCACAUACUAUGCAGAGGGACGCACCAAGAAGGAAAGGCGCAAGGUAGCGGAGAUAAAGCGUGGCGUCAUCGAGCCAGGCAAAGAAGACAUCUGGUCUGCCGUAGAGAUGACCAUUCCACCUCUGCCACCGUCCAACCUUGAGUACUGCCGCAUCAUUGACAUAGAUUAUGAAUUUCAGUUUGAGAUGGAGCCGUCAGGCUGCCACACUGACCUGGACUUUGCUGUGCCUGUCAUCAUCGGCUCAAUACCUCUCCAGCAAUACUUCUCCUCCUUUGCGCCUGCUGUGCCUCCCCCCGCCUAUCCCAGUCCUGGUGCCCCUGGCUAUCCUGCUGCUGGUGCCCCAGGGUAUCCUGCUCCUGGUGCCCCAGAGUAUCCUGCUCCUGGUGCCCCAGGGUAUCCUGCUCCUGGUGCCCCAGGGUAUCCUGCUCCUGGUGCCCCAGAGUAUCCUGCUCCUGGUGCCCCAGGGUAUCCUGCUCCUGGUGCCCCAGGGUAUCCACCUCCACCAGGGUACCCUGAACUGCCUGCCUACAACCCCAAUGCCCCACCUGCUGUAGGGUUUGCAGCUGGUGGAGUGGUACCCAACUCACCACCACAAAACUCUGCCUUUAUGCCUCCACCUUACCCAGGUUCCCCGGCCCCCUCUGCUCCACCAACCUUCCCAGGCAUCCAGCAGUACCCUGGCAUGCCCCUGCCUGAGUAUAACCCAUGCAUGUUUGGGAUGACCAAGUUCAGCGAGCAUGACAGUGAUGACGAGGAUCAGGAACACGGCUUUGCUCCAUUCUACGUCUCCUACGCCCUUUUGGGCUCCAGAAGACCUCCAGCUGCAGGUAUGGAAAAUGCCCCAGGCCUACUUGGAGCCCCCAGCCCAGAAUACUGCAAUGGAUCAGCAGAGUCGGAUCCUCUCAUAAUCCACCACCAGAACCACCGCAAGCACUCCUCAAGCAGCAGCAGCAGCAGCAGCAGCAGCAGCAGCAGCAGCGAUGAGGAGCACCACCGUGAGGAGAGAACAGGUGAUCACUGUGGUGGUGGUGAGGAGGAAAAGGAGGAGCAUGACAAGGAGAAGGAGAGUAGUGAAAAAAAGGAGGAGGAGCAUGGCAAGGAGGAGAAGGAGGAGAAGGAGAGUAGUGAGGAAAAGGAGGAGGAGAAGGAGAGUAGUGAUGAAAAGGAGGAGAAGGAGAGUAGUGAGGAAAAGGAGGAGGAGAAGGAGAGUAGUGAUGAAAAGGAGGAGAAGGAUAGUAGUGAUGAAAAGGAGGAGAAGGAUAGUAGUGAUGAAAAGGAGGAGGAUGAAGGGCAUGAAGAGAAAGAGGAAGAGGAGGAGGGUGGUGAAGAGUGUGAUGAUGGGGGUGAUGAGGAAGAGUGAAUUACAGCUGUGAAUUUAGUAGUCAUAGAUUUGUUUUUGAACACUGUACUUGAUUCAUUUCCUAUUUUUAUUUUUCCUCCUGUAGUUCCUCACACUAGCUCUCAGUUUGUUGUGAAUUGAUCGGAAUGAAAGACAAAUCAUCAUGAUAGCAAGAUGUAAAGGUUCUCCGUCACUUUAGCAACUUAUUAGAUUUAGAAGUGAAGAAAAAUUAGGCUACUCUAUUGUCAUCAGGAAACACAUGUAUGUUAGAGAGAGCAAUGGAUAGAUUUUUGAUGUCCCACCAGAUAGCCAGUGUCUUAUUGGUUGGUUGGUUUAGUUGUUCCACUUGUCACAGCUAGUUUUCAGCUCUUGUAUGCAAAUGAAGUCGUGGAGAUUGACAAUGGUUGCCUUAAAUUUUAAUCAUAAUAAUUGUUACAUAGCAGCUCAGAUGAAGAAAGCUAACAUAUAUUUUUGUUGGUGUUAUGAAGUUUCUUGUAAGCCAUAUUUGACUGGUCAGCAGCUAGAGAGGUUGCCACUUACGCAGUGUAAAAAGUUUCCAGCACUAGAUCAAAAGUAUAAUUGGUGAUGGUAUUUAUAGAUAUAAUAUGAAUAAGAAUCUGAAUGGAAAUUAUGUGCUGGCUCAGUAAACCCCAUUCCACAUCAUUUCACUUGAUCGCCUUUAAGGGCUCUUACAUGUCCCUCCGCAGCAGCAGGGUUGCUUUGCCCUCAGCAGCCACCCUCAGGAUGCAUGCACAUUACCUGUGCUGACUGGCACCAUCAGAAUGAUUAUGACAAUUGUUUACUUCGUGCCAAAAAUUAGAAUACUAUUUACUCCUUUAUAUCAUAGUUAAGGGAUGAAAAUACAUGUCACUUAACUUUAAUAUAAAGGUGCGAAUGGUUAAAAAACUAAUAGUUAAGCUAAAAAAUGCCACUAGUGCAACCUAACUGACCAUAAUUGAUCGCCAUGAAAAUAAUAACCCAACGCCAUUUGAUUAGGUAAGAAUAAUUUCAAAACUAACAGUACUUCACCUUAACAUAAUGAGUAGUAAUCUAUCUCUGCUGAGGCUAGUAGCUUGUUUGCAAUAUAAUGGUAGUCCAGUUAAAGAGAUAGUGAUGAAGUAAAGUAAAGAAUAACUGGAAAGGCACAAAAAAAACAGGUCUUCCUGCUUUUUUUGGUGUCUACUGUUGUUGUUGCAGCAGCUAGCACAGCUUGAUGUUUCAUAGGAACAUUUGCUGAAAGUCUGACACCACUGCACUUGUUGUUUGGAGGUUGGUCAAUUUCUCUGUUGCCCUUUGGCACAGACUCAUUUUGGCUACACAGUAGUUGAUGAAAUGACUUUUUAACUAAUCCAGUUAAUUAAUCACACUGCCCAAUAUAUGUGAAAAUAUGCAAAAGUUGCUCAUAAAGAUUUUUCAUCAGCACGAUACAUCUAUGAUAGGCAUUAAAUACAGUUGCCUACCCAAAACUAAUCAGAAGAUGAAAUUGCUUACUGCUGAAAUCUUCCUUAAAGAGGAUUAGAAAAAUAAUUAGUAAUUACAACAGAUAUCUACCAGUGAUAGGUAUGAAUCACUAACAUAUUAGUUGGUUUCAUUUUGCUUGACUUCAUAUCAACUUGAGGUUGACAUUAAUUGGCAUUAAAGCAAAACCAGGAGAGUUAGCAUUGACUAAUGAACCCAUCUUGAAAGCUCUCUUGGUGGCUGAGGGCGGUACUGCCUGUAUCUGGAAUCUUGUCUGUUGAAGCUAUUGAAAGCUUUACAACUCAAAGAGGAAGAGUUUCCUAAGAAGAAAUAGUUUAGUGUACUUCAGAGCAGAUUCUUUUGCAAGGCUAACUAAAUAGUAUUUCCUUCACCUUUACUUUGUUAAUGGUGGAAAUUGCAUUGAUGCAUUAUUUUGAAUAUUAUAGAUUAUGGUUAUAGUAAUCCUUUUAGUUGUCUUCUGUGCUCAAUUUUGAGGGAACAAGACCUGUUGGUCAGCUGUGUCUUUAUAAAGGUGGUGAUGGGGAAUGAGGCUCUGCCUUUGUAUAUGGUUUGUCUCUGAUUUUAUGGCUGUAACACCACCAUCUUUUUUUUCUUUUUCUUUUUUUUUACGUCACGGCCUAUUGCACUGUUAGGCAUUUUCCCUGGUGGGGCCUGAUAGUUGGCUCAGCCCAAUCUGGCACAGGUAAGUGUUUAUAGUGAUGCCAUCUUGUUUUUUGGUUCAUGCUGCCCCCCGGAGUUCAUCUUUGAGCCUCUCUUUGGAGAGAUAAUCUAGAGUCCGGGAUGAUAGGUGGUCUUCAGGGCAGCAUGUGGGUAGUCUUAGGCCACUUGGCAAUGUAACUUUCAAGAAGUUAAUGCAAUGAAGGCAGCCACCUCUUUUUUUCAUCGCUUUGGAACUGGAACUAUCAAAACCCCUGAAUUAAAGUGAUGUGUGCACCACAAACUGUAUAAGUUGUGGAUGACUGUAACUUGUUCUGAUGUUUAAAAGCUGGAGGAACUAAAUGUUUGUGUGUGUGUGUGUGUGUGUGUGUAUUUACCUAUUUGUAGUCUACCGGGUCUGAGCUAAGCUCUAAUAGUCCCGUCUCCAUAUCUACAUUCAUCCAGCCUUUCCUUCAUUUGUUGAACACUGUUCAGCUCCACCACCUCUUCCCGCAAGCUGUUCCAUGUGUUAGCACUUCUGUGUGGAAAACUAUACUUUUUUAAGUCACUCAAACAGGUAACUUUAUCAGGUUUCUUCCUAUGUCCUCUCAACCCCUGCGUUCUCGCAGUUAAGAAGAGAUUGUCUCUAUCCACCUUAUCGAACUUAUUUACCAACUUAUACAGCGUGAUCAGAUCUCCUCUCUUCUUUGUACCAGUGUCAUCAAGUCCAUCUCCUUCAAUCUGUCUUCAUACGUCAUAUUCGAGAGUUCUGGGACUAUUUUAGUUGCAAUUCUCUGUAUCCUUUCCAGCUUUCUGAUAUCCUUCAUUUUGUGAGGCGACCACACAACUACAGCAUAUUCAAGCUUUGGUCUUAUCAAUGUUGUUAUUAUUUUCUUCAUUUCUUUGUCCAUAAAAUGGAAUGAUACCCUUAUAUGUUGCAUUGUUAUUCCCAAAUCUUUUUCUUCAUGUACCACCUUUAAGUUUUCUUCUCCCAUCCUGUAUGUCUUUUUGCAGCUCCUCACAAUCCUACUCUGUUCUCACUUUUCUUAUUAACCCGUACAGUACUAACGACGCAUAUACGCAUCAGCGCCUAUGAUUGGAGGAAAUACAUACUAGCGACGCUUAUACACAUCGGGCUUGCUAAACACUGUUGCAGUCAAUGUAGUGGGUUUAUUUUUGCUACAGAGACUGCUGCAGACAAUGGCAACACUAUGCGAGUGCGUUUGUAGCAUUGGCAACACUACCCAAGCUGGGGAGGAAUCACAAGCCACCUGUGACAUUAAGAUCAAGAUCAAGACCAAGUGUAAACAAUGUCUCGGCGGCCAAUUCCUUUUGCCAUAUGGCGAUAGACAAUGAGUUUGAGGUUUCCUCAUCUGAAGAAGACGUGGGAGCACUCUCAGACUCUGGUUUGGACAAGGAUUAUGUGCCAGAUGAGGAUGUAGGCUAUAUUGAGCCACCUUUAUAAUGCGAGAUUGUACUGUCCUGAAAAUUCUGAAAAUCCCACUCUUAUACACCAUGAAAUGGUGCUCUCUGGAGUAUUCUACACCUGUGUUCAACAAAAGUGGGCUACCUGGCCUCUAUCACUUGUCAAAUCCUCCAUAAACCAUUGAUCACGUAUUGGGGCCGUUUCCAGCCACACCGUGGUAACAUUUCAUGGAAUUCUGCGAAAAGUAGGUCUAUGACAUGUUUUUUUUUUUUUCUCCACUUUUCCCAUCACAUGGAACAUUUUUAAGCCCCCCCUCAAAAAAAAAAAAAAAAAAAAAAAAGGCCGGUACUGGGCAAGCCAAAAAUAUUUAAAUUGGCCGGUACUGUACGGGUUAACUUUGCAUCAUCUGCAAAAGGCUCAUAUAACUUUUUAUACUCUUUGGCAUAUCAUUUAUAUAUACAUUAUGAACAUUAUUGGUGCCACAACUGAGCCUUGAGAAACUCCACUCUCUACUCUCCUCCAAUUUGAUUUCUCCUCUCUAAUCACUGUUCUCAUUUCUCCUCCCGUUAAGUAAUCCUUCAUCCACUCGAUAAUCUUUCCACCCAUUCCUCCCCACUGCUGUAGUUUCCAGAUUUACCUUUUGUGCAGAACCUUGUCAAAAGCUUUUUUCAAAUCGAGACAUACACAAUCAGCCCAUCCUUUUCUCUCAUGCACCACGUUUAUUGCUCUUGAGUAGAAACAUAGUAACUUAGUGACACACUAUUUUCCUUUUCUAAAUCCAAACUGUCCUUCAUUUAUCAUGUUUUCCUUUUCUAUAUGUUCAACCCAUUGUUUUUUUUAUUAUACUUUCACAAAUCUUGCACAUUACACUUGUCAAAGAAACUGGUCUAUAAUUUAGUGGUUCAGUUUUAUCUCCACUUUUAUAAAUUGGUACAAUGCUUGCUGUCUUCCAUUCUAAGGGCACUUUUCCUGUAUUUAUAGAACAUUUUAUUAUGUCAUAAAGUGGCUCCAAUAAUUCAUUUCUACACUAUUAGCACUUGUCCCAAGGUUCCAUCUGGUCCCAUAGCUUUCCUUUCAUCUAAGGUUUUCAUCAACUGUAUCAGUUCUCCUUUAUCAACCUUUACAUGAUUCAGUUUCCCUUCAUUGCAAUUUUCCAGACCCCAGUCAAAGUCAGUUUCUUCUGUAAACACUUUAUAAAUUUUUUUAUUUAAUAUUUCUGCAAUUUCUUUGUCCUUUUCGUAGAUCACAUUUUUUUCCUUUAGCCUUUCCACUCCUUCAUUUCUUUUUAACUUCCUGUUUAUGAAUUUAUAAAAUGUUUUUGGUUCUUCAUUACAUUUAAAAACUAUUCUUCUUUCAAAUUUAACUUCCUCCUCCUUAUUUUCAACUAAUCAUUCUUGCUUUUUUAUAUUUGUCCCUCUUGUUCUUAUUAGGUGUUUUCUUUAAAUUCGUUCAUGCAUUAUUUUUAUUUCUUCUUGCUGUCUCACACCUCCAUCCAAACGAUGUUUUCUCUCCUUUAGUUUUUACUUUGUAGAAUGGAACAUAUAUCUCUAUUCCUCAGUUGUAAAUAUUCAUAAAAGUGUCAUAUUUCUCUUGAAUAUUAGUACUCCUCUUCAUAUCAGUCCAGUCUACUCCACCGAAGAAAGUCUUGAGUCCAACGUAAUCUGCCUUAGUGUAGUUUUUCCUUUUUUCCUUAUAAGCCUCAUCUUGAUAUUCACAUCCUUCCAAAGUUUUCAUCUCCAAUAGUUCAUGGUCACUCUUUCCUGAGGGGCACUCAUGACUGACUCCUUCAUCCAACUCCAUUUUUUGUGAAAAUUAGGUUAAAUCUUGAUGGUUCGUCAUCCCCUCUCAACCUUGUUUCUCCUUGCGCCCACUGUGUCAUCAGGUUAUCUGUUACCAGCUUCAACAGUUUACUUCCCCAAGUAGUUUCACCACCCUCCAUUACAAAAUCUUCCCAUUUCACACUGCAAUUGAAGUCUUCUGUUAAUAUUACCUUUUUAUUAUCUUUUAUUUCAUCUGUCAGUGCCCGUAUUGUAUUUUCCAGCAUAGCAUUAUAUCUUACUUCAUUCCAACUUUUGGUUUUAGUGGGGACAUAGGCUUUUAUUAUGUUAUUCUUCUCUCCACCUUUUACCAGUACCUGCACAGCCAUCACCUCUGCACUCUCAUUUCCAUAUCUCUCUUCAGUCACCUUCAAGUUUUGUUUUGUCAUUAUCCUCCCUUUUCUUCUUUCCUAUCUUUUUUCCAAACAUUGUACUUACUCUUUCCCUCCAGUACAAGUUCUAAGUUCCAGUGCUUUUACAAGCUUUGUUUCAACUAUACAUAUAAUAUCUCGAUUGCUCUCCCUUAAAUAAUCAGUUAGUUUAAUUUUGUUUGAUAUAAGACCAUCUGUGUUUGUGUACGCAAUCUUUAAACCUUUCUUCCCUUUUCCCUUCUUCAUUUUUCCCCUCUUUCUAUCAGCACCCCUUACUUCCUCCCUUCACCUCCUAUCCACCACUUUUUCAGUUUUUCGUUUUUCAUUCUCAAAAAAAAAAUCUUAUUCUGAUCUUUCAUCAUUUCUCUUUUUCACUUCAUUUAUCAUUUCCUUAGCUUUCAUUCUUUCAUCCUCUGACAUAUUUCUUCUCACAUAUUAUAUUUGCUUAUAUUCUUCAGAGUUGUUUAGUGUCCAUGAUUUGUUUAGUAUAGUUUCUAUUGCUAUUUGGGACCUUAGCUUUAUCUUUAGUGGUCAGUUUUUUCCUUCCUCAUAUCUUCCCAAUCUAGUUAUUUCAUCUACUUCUUCCUCUAUCUUUUCCUCCCCUUCAGUAUUCAUAUUUCCCAAUAUACUUUUCACCUUACUUUUCUUGUAACUCUCUCUCUGAGCCUUCACUGUUUUUUUUUUUUUUUUUUUUUUUUUUUUUUUUUAACACCAAA